AAAAAAAUGCGAGACACAGAAGCACGUGUAGUGGGUGGUCCUCAGCACACUGCUUUCACGUGGCUCUAGCGAGCUCCGAGCCCGGCCGUCAGUCCAGCGGCAACAGCAGGAGACAAUAUCAGCAUGGCUGUGGAGAUGGAGCCUGCCGAUGUGAUCCUCCUGAUAAUGCAGUACCUCAAGGAGAACAACCUCUACAGAACACUGACCACCUUACAGGAGGAAACCACCGUCUCGCUCAACACGGUGGAAAGCAUCGACAGCUUCAUUGCAGAUAUAAAGAGCGGCCACUGGGACUCCGUCCUGCUGGCCAUCAAGUCCCUCAAGUUGCCUGACAACACACUUAUUGACCUCUAUGAGCAGGUUGUAAUGGAGCUCAUUGAAAUGAGGGAGGUGGGAGCAGCACGCUCACUCCUCAGACAAACUGACCCGAUGAUCAUGUUGAAGCAGACGCAGCCAGAGAGGUACAUCCAUUUGGAGAACCUGCUAACAUGCUCCUACUUUGACCCUCGUGAGGCGUACCUGAAAGGCAGCAGCAAGGAGAAGCGGCGCAGGGCCAUAGCCGAGGCGCUGGUGAGGGAGGUCAGCGUGGUGCCCCCUUCUCGCCUCAUGGGGCUCCUGGGACAAGUUGGCUCUAUGAGAAUACAGCAGUAUCCAGGUCACGUCUUCCCUGACACGACCAUCGAAACAUCUGGCAACAAGGACAAACAUGUGGAGAAGGAGAGCUUUCCGACACAGCUGUACCGCCACAUCAAGUUCGGGCGGCGGUCUCAUGUGGAGUGUGCCCGUUUCUCUCCUGAUGGCAAGUACUUAAUCACUGGAUCGGUGGACGGGUUCAUCGAGGUCUGGAACUUUAACACUGGAAAAAUUAGUAAGGAUUUAAAGUACCAGGCCCAAGAGAGCUUCAUGAUGAUGGAUGAUGCUGUGUUGUGUAUGUGCUUCAGUCAGGACACAGAUCUACUGGCAACUGGAGCUCAGAAUGGCAAAAUAAAGGUGUGGAAUAUCCAGAGUGGCUUGUGCACGUGCAGGUUCGAUCAUGCCCACAACAAAGGAGUGACUUGUGUAAGCUUCUCCAAGGACAACAACCAGAUCCUCAGUGCCUCCUUUAACAAGACCAUCAGAAUCCAUGAAUUGAGGUCAGGCAAGUUGCUAAAGGAGUUAAACGGCCAUUCAUCGUUUGUAAAUGAUGCAUCUUUCACUCACGAUGGACUUCACAUCAUCAGUGCCUCCUCUGAUGGCACAGUUAAGAUUUGGAAUACAAAAUCCUGCGAGUGCAUCCACACUUUCAAAUCUCUGUCCCGGACACCAGAAGUCCCUGUCAACAACGUGAUUCCUCUCCCCCAAAAUCCAGAGCACUUUGUGAUUUGCAACCACUCCAACACGGUGGUCAUCAUGAGCAUGCACGGUCAGACUGUGAAGACCUUCAGCUCAGAUAGAAAGGAAAGGGCCGACUUUGUGUGCUGCACCCUGUCGCCCCACGGGGAGUGGAUUUACUGUGUGGGAGAGGACUUGGUGCUGUACUGCUUCAACUAUACGACAGGAAGGCUGCAGAAAACGCUGACCGUACACGAGAAAGAUGUAAUUGGCAUUGCUCACCACCCACAUGAGAAUCUGAUUGCCACAUACAGCGAGGACGGCCUCCUGAGGUUAUGGAAACCUUGAGCUGCCUCCUGCAUCGUGAAAUGGAGGACCCAGAGAAGCUUACAAGUGGUUAGAAAGCAAUUUAUUCAUUUCUGUGUAAUGAAAACAGAUGGAAUUAAUAAAACAAAUGGAUACAUUUAAUCCAUCAGUAAUUAAUACUAUAAGGUCCAUUUAGUAUCUGGUCUGGAGCUUUAGGUCAUGAUCUUUAUCAGCAGAUGUUUUUUCCCAGUUGUCAUGGGAAGUUCAGGUUACAGCCAAUGAGAGUGUUUGUUACAUCUGUUGGUUAGAUUAGAAAGAUUUUGCUACAUAGUGGGGAAGUGGAAAAUUCAUAAAGUUGGCAAAUGAAAAAAGUAAACAGUUUACUUUAAGUUGGUAAAUCAGAAUGGAAAUUGAGAAAAUAAUCUUUUUCAAUCUCUCUUUUAAAGAUAAAAGGAUAAGGAAGUCAAUGUGCUGUCAUUUCUAAUAAUAAGAAGAAUAUUAUAUGAUAUUGUUAGUGAUUUCCAUGAAAACUUCCACUCAGCCCAAAGUAAGUUUCAGCUGCAGACGAAUGCGCAUUUGGUGCUCUAGUGAGUUAUUUACAGCAGCAGGAUGGUGUAUGUGAUGUCGACUAAAUAAAGUACAGUACAUGUCGCCCAGUGCAACACUGUGGCUCACUGAUAUGUUUUAUAUCUGGCUUUGGACCCACAAUACUUGUUAGUGGGAUCAAUUCAGUGUUGGUUUUGGGUCUUUGCAUUUGACAAUAAGAACAAAUACAGAAUAUCAAAAAGUAUCCUUUAAGCAUAUUGUUAAACUCAUUUAUAAACUCUAAGUGGGUCUUAAUGAACACAUUUCUUUCUAUUUGUAACAUAUCGUCAUUUUUAUAUACUUUUUUUUAUCGAUUAGUGAAUCUGUGAGGUCUUUGCUUUAUAAACGUUUGACACACACACCCCCUCAUGGAUCUAACAUCACCAUUGCAGUUUGACUCCCCAUCUCUUCUGUCUUUAUUAGACAUGAAAAUGCAUGAUGGUGAACUGUUGUGGAAAUAUUUAUAGUUAUAUUUUAAAAAAGCGCUUCUUGUUUGGGCAUAAACAAACGAUAUCAGGUAUAUUAUUUGACAGCUUUGGUUAAUAAUGAUAUUUUUGUAACUUUGAUUCAAUGAUUCAGGUUUAAUGAUUUGUUUUUUCUUUCGUGUUCCCCGCAUGCUACCUCAGUACACGGUCUAAAUGUGGCUCUACAAUAAUUUUAGUACUCCUUAAAAAUAAGCAUGACUAAUGAUAAACCUCAAUGGAGCUCCGGUGACACAUUCUGUAACUGUGUGUAUAUAAGAAAAGUAUUUAACGUGGUCCCAUCAUUGUCAGUUUGUUAAACCAACUGUAAUCUGUGUUCCUAUGCAUCAGUGUGCCUGCAAGAAACUGCCUUGACCAGUAUUUAUUAUUUGUACUAUAGUAUUUGGUACUUUCUAUCAUCUGUCUCUACACUAUGAUUAUCCAUAGAUCAUUGUUGCAAAUUGUGUAGUCAUUACACUAUUUUAUAUUUAUUGUUGUAUGUAAUACUGCAAGCCAAAAAUGAUUAUAAAUAAAAUUUAA